AUGGGCCGGCAAAAGCAAACGACGCCGCUCCAGCGAACCCCGUCGCAAUCGAUGCGGAAUGAGGUCGAAGCACAAGAAAAACAUACCAAUGGAAGCGCUAAUGUCUCUUCGGUUGUAUCGGAAAGUGCGCCCGCCAAGGCCGCUGUAGCAGCAGUGGAAACUGUCGCGGAGACCCCUGGUCUAAUGCAACUGCUCAUUUGUGUCCUCGGUAUAUACGCCGCAUUCCUCUCAUGGGGUGUCUUACAAGAGGCAAUCACCACAACCAGUUACUCUGUGCCCGCGACAGCCGCCGAGCCAUCACCUGCACCCGAACGAUUUACAUACUCGCUAGUGCUGAACACCAUCCAGUCCUCGUUUGCCGCCAUCACCGGCUUCGCUUACCUCCUGUUCUCCACGCCAAAGGGCCAAAAAGUCCCCUCAAUCUUCCCCACACGUCGGAUCCUCUUCCCAUUACUUCUGGUCAGCAUCUCUUCCUCGCUCGCUUCGCCCUUCGGGUACGCCAGCCUGGCGCAUAUCGACUACCUCACCUUCAUCCUCGCCAAGUCCUGCAAGCUUCUCCCCGUGAUGCUCCUCCACUUGACGAUCUUCCGCAAGAAGUAUCCGCUGUAUAAAUACGGUGUUGUCCUCAUGGUUACAUUAGGCGUAGCCACGUUCACUCUGCAUCACCCUAGCACGAACAAGAAGGUGGCUGCAGCCGCAGAUAAGGAUAACUCUGGUUCGUCAAUGUGGGGUAUCUUUCUGCUGUCCAUCAACCUCCUUCUCGACGGCUUGACCAACACCACUCAAGACCAUGUGUUUACCUCUCCCAAACUGUACACCCGGUUCUCCGGGCCCCAGAUGAUGGUCGCACAGAAUGUGAUGUCGACCAUUCUCACCACUGCGUAUCUCCUGAUUAUGCCGCACCUGUCCCAAAGCGGUAUCCUGCAUUACCUGCUCCCGUUCCCGAUUCCCCCAUCUACUGGGACAGAGCUGUGGUCUGCAGUCUCAUUCCUGCAGCGUCAUCCCGAGGCCCUGAAGAAUGUCCUUGGCUUUGCUGCAUGUGGCGCUGUUGGUCAACUGUUCAUCUUUUAUACUCUGUCGCACUUCUCGUCUCUGCUGCUUGUCACUGUUACAGUAACCCGUAAGAUGCUUACCAUGCUUCUGAGUGUGUUCUGGUUUGGACAUUCCUUGUCCGGUGGACAGUGGCUUGGAAUUUCCUUGGUCUUCGGUGGUAUUGGGGCCGAGGCUGUGGUGCAAAGACAGGAGAAGAAAGCUAAGGAACAAGCAAAGAUCGAAGCGGCCAGGAAGGCACAGUAG